UAUUAGAAAAACCAAGAAAUAAUAGCAUAUCUUAAUUUUUUUUUCUUUUUUUUUUCUUUAUUUCAUAUUUCCCCUAUCCCCACAUUUUUACUUUGGCUAAAAAAAAAAAAAAAAAAUCAAAUGGCCAUUAGCCAAUUCCCAACUGCCGCCAAGAGGUUGACGACGAAUGGCAGCUACUGUCACUCUCGUUUUCUUCCAUAGCUUCCGUUUACAGGCCCGGCGACAUCCUCCCGAUGAGCAAAAUGGGUCAACACCACUCCGCCUGUAUUCCUAUCUCGCCUUUCAUUGCACCUUCGUCUUCCAAUGUUCUUCCGUUUUCUCUUUUUCUUCUCUGUGAUAUUAAGUCUCUUGAUUUCAUGGUUUCUGUCCAGAACCGUGUGGCAUGACAUGGCAUGAUCGGAAAACAUUGCCCCAUCUUCGCCGUUAAUCGUGAGGUACCCACUUCCCACUUCGGCGUCAAUUUAUCUGCUUUUUCUCUUGUAGUUCGUCGAUUCUCAUUUGGGGUUCUUAAUUUAUCUCAGGUUUUGAUUCCGAUUGCAAAGCCCCCCACUGGUUAUGCCGGCGCCAAUCCUUACAAAAUAAUAAGAGCAAAUGUUCCAGCAAACAAGGUCUGCAGGAAAGGAACUCAUUUUUAUGAAGAGAAACACUUCACUAGUUGAGUCUCCUUACAAAGAAAAUCAGCCUCAGGUUAACUACGCUAAAUUAGAAAUAUUUUGUUGUGGCCUUGCUAAUGAUGAAAUUGAAAAACUCAAGGAGGAUUUUGGUUUCAAGGCUGGUGUUUUGCCAGUUAGGAUGAAUUCCUGGAGUGCUAAGCACCUUUCUUUUGCUGGUAGAUUGCAACUCAUCACUGCAGUUAUACAAGGAAUUACCACCUUUUGGUGCUCUACUUUUAUUCUGCCAAAAAAGGUUAUCAGGGAGGUGGAAAGAAUAUGUGCUGCAUUUCAUGGAAGAACUCAACAGAAUCUGCUAGGGGAGCAAAGAAGAAGUUUCUGGGCUGUAAAAAUUCCCUCAAAUGCAUCAUGGGGUUGGAGGAAACUGCUCAAGCUUAGGCAACGAGCUAGGGGGCUCAUCCAGCAUAUCCCAGGAGAUGGCACUGAGACUCAUUUGUGGCAUGAUAAAUGGCAUCCUUCUGGUCCACUGGUAGAAACUUAUGGUACAAAAAUUAUUCAAGAUGCAGGCAUUCCAUCCCAUGCCAAGCUUGCUAUGGUGGUUAAUGGAAAUUACUGGAAAUGGCCACCUGCACGCUCCCCUCAGCUCCUAGAUAUUCAAAUAGCGCUAUGUGGUAGAUUAUAUCCUAAAGAGGGUGAAAAGGAUAGUAUGGUGUGGAUUCCCUCAGCUUCUAGUUCUUUCAAAGCAAGAAAAACAUGGCAUUGGAUAAGAAAUAAGCAAGCUAGAGUAUCAUGGCACAAAUUAGUUUGGUUCCCUCAAUCAAUCCCUAAACACAGCUUCAUUUGGUGGUUAGCUGUGCUGGAUAGAUUAACAACAAGAGCCAGGCAAAAGAAAUGGCCUCCGACUUUGACUGACACUUGUGUACUGUGCAACAAUCACUCAGAGACUACUGAACAUCUCUUCUUCAAGUGCUAUUACGCAAGAAGGGUCUGGCAAGUUUUGAGCAAUUUGGCAGGUAUUCCAUUUAUGGAUUCUUGGCAAAGGCUUUUAAUGGGGAUGGGAAAGCCUAUAUUUACUUGUUGAAUUCAUUUAUCAUUCAAAAUCUGAAAAAGAAUUAUGAAAAAAAAUUAAAAUUUUUUU